AUGAACAUAUCCAAAAAAAAGAAGAUGAAGACGAUGUUCAUAAUGGUCCGUAGUGGAAAAAAUGGUGACCUUCAUCUUAAACAGAUUGCAUAUUAUAAACGAACUGGUGAAUAUCAUCCAACUACACUGCCUAGUGAGAGAAGUGGCAUAAGAAGAGCAGCAAAAAAAUUUGUCUUCAAAGAAAAGAAGCUGUUUUAUGUCGGAAAAGACAGAAAACAAGAUCGCUUGGUAGUUGUUUCAGAAGAAGAAAAAAAGAAAGUCCUAAGAGAAUGCCAUGAAAAUGACUCUGGAGCCCAUCAUGGCAUAUCCAGAACCCUUACUCUGGUGGAAUCCAGUUACUAUUGGACUUCUGUGACCAAUGAUGUCAAACAGUGGGUAUAUGCUUGUCAGCAUUGCCAAGUGGCAAAAAAUACAGUUAUUCUAGCACCUAAACAGCACCUUCUCAAAGUGGAGAAUCCAUGGAGUAUAGUUACUGUUGAUCUGAUGGGCCCAUUUCAUACAAGCAACAGAAGUCAUGUAUAUACUAUAAUCAUGACAGAUUUGUUCACAAAAUGGGUUGUGAUUUUGCCUCUUUGUGAUGUUUCAGCAUCAGAAAUUUCUAAAGCUAUUAUCAACAUAUUUUUCUUAUAUGGGCCUCCUCAGAAAAUAAUAAUGGACCAAAGAGAUGAAUUCAUUCAUCAGAUCAAUGGAGAACUAUGUGAAUUGUUUGGCACAAAGCAAAUUGUUAUUUCUCAUGCCUCCCAAACAGUUAAUCCAACUGAAAGUACACCUAGCACUAUCAAAACAUUUCUUUCCAAACAUUGUGCUGACUACCCAAACAACUGGGAUGACCACCUGUCAGCUGUUUCAUUCGCCUUCAAUGUUACUCACUUGGAACCUACUAAAAAUACACCAUAUUUUCAAAUGUUUAAUCGAAAUCCUUACAUGCCUGAAUCUUCUGAUAUUCGUGAAGUGGAUGGUGAUAAUAGAAGUAUGUUUGCCAAAAUUCUAGAUGCAAUUAAAGAAGCUGAUAAAAUAAUGGAGAAUAAGACAUCUUCAGUGGGCCAGAUGGAGAACAACAAUUUUAAUGAACUAAAUAAAAGCAAAAUCAUUGUUAAAAAGAAACCAAGGCCAUUAAAUCCAUUUCAUCUGAAAGUGGGUCAUGAAGUGUUAAGGCAGAGGAAAAACUGGUGGAAGGACGGCCGCUUCCGGUCCGAGUGGGUCGGCCCCUGUGUCAUAGACCGCAUCACAGAGCACGGGGGCGCUGUCCUGCGGGACAGCUCCGGGGCGAGGCUGAAGCGGCCCAUCAAGAUGUCCCACCUGAAGCCCUAUGUCAGGGAAGCGGGCGAGCAAGGUAAAGAUAGCCUCCAUCUCUUACACGGUUCAGUAGUGGCGGAUCAUGACUAUGUUGGAAUGCCCGAGCUUCCAGUUGGAGCAUACCAAGCAAGUAUUCUGGUGGAAGAUGGGGCUGUUAGAGUAGUCGACAGUGAGUUACUGACGUCAAGCAAGGAUCGUGAACUAUUAGAAUACAGAAAUACCAAAAUCUCUCCACUGAUGGAAGAUCCUAAUGUUCUUGAAAAGCAGACUUUUAGUCUCUUGGACUCUUCAAACCAGGUCCUUGAGUACUUAACUUAGUAAACACAAAAAUUCAUUUAACGUGCUGUUUAGAGAAUACAUCACCUUGAAUCUUAUCUUUGCCAUUCAAAAAGAUUACAUAGAAAAGUAU